AUGUCGAAAGCCGCAUACGAAGACGACAUUGACACCGUCUCUCGCGACGAAAAGGACACCUAUGUCGAUACGACAGAGGAAAAGUUCAAGGGAGGAGAAGAUCGAAGCACACCUGAGCAGUGGACACCGCCCGAGCACUGGUUGACCCGUUUUGUCGAUGGGUACAGUGGCCAACAUGGCGGUGAAACCCUCCCUCCCGGUUCGGAUCCAGAACUCGUCGCUGAAGCCGUCUUCACCAUGGACGUGCAAGAAUCUCUCGAACGAUUGAAGAUCAUCGCUCACGAGGCGCCCCAUGAUUACACUUUUGAUCAGUCCCUCGCGGCGUAUAUCCGAGACCUGCUCCUCGGCAACGAGCACUGUAACAUGAACAUGGAGGAUUGGUCGUACGAGGUCUGUCGAUUGGCCGGUGUCAUUCACAACUGGUCUGCCUAUGCCGAGGUCCGAGCGGUCCUGGUGCCUUAUGAUGACCCAGACAUCCCGUGCGAGUCGAUCAGGGUCUACUUUUUGGGAUUCUUCUGGAUAGCCGUGGUGACGUUUGUCGGGACGUUCUUCUCCCAGCGUCAACCGGGUAUCAGCAUUCCUCAACAAUUUGUGCAGCUCUUGCUCGUGCCCAUGGGUCGAGGUCUCGCCUACGUUCUGCCUGACUGGGGUAUCACCAUCCGCGGCACGCGAUACAGCCUGAACAAUGGACCCUGGUCUCCGAAAGAACAGCUGUUGUCCACCAUCAUGAUGUCCCAGUCCUCGACCAUCGGUAACACCACCGGUAUUCUUGAUCUCCGUAUGCCCAUCUUUUUCGGCCAAAAGUGGGCGACACUGGGUUACUCUAUCCUUCUCGCGAUCGCCAAUCAAUGCUUUGGUCUCGGCAUGGCCGGGAUUCUUCGACGAUUGACCGUCUACCCCACCUGGGCAGUGUGGCCUUCCAACCUGCCGCUCCUUGCUUAUAAUCGAACCCUGACGGCCCGUGACAACAAGGGAGAGGUCGUCAACGGGUGGAAAAUCACGAGAUGGCAGGCGUUCCUCAUUUCCACAGCCGUGUUCAUCGUCUGGUACUGGAUUCCCAAUGACUUUUUCAAGGCCAUCAGGUACUUCAACUGGAUGACCUGGAUCGCGCCUCAAAACCUCAAGCUUGCCCUGGUCACCGGCUCUUGGGGAGGCAUGGGUAUCAACCCGAUCUCUUGUCUAGAUCCCAACACGUCGGGCAGUGGCACGAUGAAUGCGCCAUUCUUUGCUAUCCUCCAACAGUACACCCUUCAAUUCGUCUCCGGCAUUGUCCUCCUCAUCCUCUACUUCAAGAACGUCAGCUGGGCAGCGUACAUGCCGAUCAAUUCGAAUUCAUCGUUUGACAACAAGAUGCAAGGCUACAACCUCAGUCGAAUCCUCAACGACGACAACUCGCUCAAUCUCGAGGCCUACCUGGACUACAGUCCACCUUACUACGCCAUCGGCUACCUCUACAGUCAAGGGGCGCAGUUUGUCUACUUUACCUUCUCCAUGGUCUACGUCUUUAUCCGCUACUGGCCGAUCAUCAAAAAGGCGUUUGGCAGCUUGAUCCAGAACAACCUCAAGGGCCGCUCCAUCUACACCGGAUUCGACGACGGACACUGUAAACUCAUGCGCAAAUACCCCGAGGUUCCAGAAUGGUGGUACAUGAUCGUCUUGGCGAUCGGCUUUGCCAUCUCGAUCGUCACCGUCUCGGCGUACCCGACUCAGACUCCCUGGUGGACCAUUGUCGCCCUCGCCGUGAUCGGGACGUUUGUCACCAUCCCUUGGUGUGUCAUCAAGUCGUUGUCCAACGUCGGUCUCCCCCUGGGUAUCAUCUGGAACGUCUUGCCCGGUGUCUGGUUCCCUGGCAAGUUUUUGCCAGAUCUCAUGCUCCUCAUGCUUGGAGACGCCUUCACCGACAUUGCAGGCAGUUUCGGUACCGAUCUCAAGUAUGCUCACUAUGCGAGGAUCCCACCGAGAGCCAUCUUCCGGACCCACAUCGCGUCUCAGGUCCUCAACUGUGUCAUCUACUGCUGCACGAUCGAGGCGUUGCUCGGAUUGUACGAUUCAGACAACACAUUCUGCCACCCCGAUAACAAGAACUUUAUGGUCUGCAACGGUCCCCGAGGUGUCUAUUCGUCUGUCGUCUCGUACGGAGUCCUCGGCACCAACAAUCUGUUCAAGCUCUACCCCGCACUCAAGUGGUGCUUCCUCAUCGGACCCAUCCUCGCGCUCUUCUGGGCCUUUGGAGAGAAACUCACGCACCUCAUCCGACACCGCAUCGUCCGUAACAUGGAUGACGAGCAGCAGGCCAGAUUCAACAGCCGAUACUGGGCUCCUCUCAGCACGGUCGUCCAGUCCAUCCAUCCCGCCAUCGCCCUCGAAGGUGCUACCAACUGGGGAGGCAACACCAAUCUGACUCAGUACACGACCGCCCUGUUCCUCUCUUGGUUGUUCCAGUAUUAUCUGAAGCGAAACUAUACCGCCUGGUGGGGUAAAUACGCUUUCCUGCUGUUCGCCGGUCUCAACGUUGGCGUCGCCAUAUCUGGGUUCAUCAGCACGCUCAUCUUCAGCUUUGGUGCAGGACGAGGGGCUCAGUUCAACUAUGGGGUGAACACCAUCUCCACAGCUGGUGUGGAUUUCGAGCUGUACAAUAAUGCGAUAUCCCUGUUGCCGCUGCCCGAAAAGGGCUACUUUGGUCUCGAAAAGGACCAGUAUCCCGUGACGAAUUUGUAG